AUGCUUGUACCGGAUCGUAACCCAUCAACACCUGUAACAUCAAAUAGUACAAAAAAACGAUCAACAAUAUCGAAACAACGAAAAUCGAAAAAAGUUCGUAAUGAUUUCGAUGAUAAUGAUUUAUCAAAAGAUGGAGAAAAUUCUUUAUCCCAAUCUAUAUUUGAUGAUCAAUCAUCAUCAAGAACACCAUUAACUGGUCAAAAAAUUACUGAUUGCCAAUUGCCACGUGGCACAGUCUUGACUGAUUUAAACGAUGAAGGUGAUGAUAAUAUCGAUGAUCAACAAAUUCAAGGUGAUUCAUAUCAAAUAAAAAAAUUUCAUGAACCUGAAGCAUGUGAACAAACACAUCAUAUAAUUAUUCCAAGUUAUUCAGCAUGGUUUGACUAUAAUUCCAUAAAUUCAAUUGAAAAGCGAGCUUUGAUCGAGUUUUUUAAUUCCAAAAAUCGUUCAAAAACACCUGAAAUUUAUUUGGCUUAUAGAAAUUUUAUGAUUGAUACAUAUCGUUUAAAUCCAAAUGAAUAUUUAUCAGUAACAGCAUGCCGAAGAAAUUUAGCUGGUGAUGUAUGUGCUAUUAUGCGUAUACAUGCAUUUCUUGAACAAUGGGGUUUGAUUAACUAUCAAGUUGACGCUGAUCUACGUCCAACACCUAUGGGACCACAUUCAACAUCACAUUUUACUCUUUUAGGAGAUACACCAGCAGGUUUAGCAAAUAAAGGAAUACAGAGAGAAAGUGUAGCAUCGAAACAAAUUGCAGAUUUAAAACAAGAAGCUAAACGAGAAGAACGUGAUGUUGAAAGUACAUUGGGUUUAAGAACUGAUCAAUAUAAUAAAAAACUUAAUUUAAAUACCAAAACUAAAACUAAAGAUUGGUCAGACCAAGAAAUUCUGCUAUUACUCGAAGGCCUUGAAAUGUAUAAAGAUGACUGGAAUAAAGUUUGUGAACAUGUUGGUACACGUACACAAGAUGAAUGUAUAUUGAAAUUUCUUCAAUUACCAAUCGAAGAUCCAUAUUUAGAAGGCAAUGGUUCUGCAACUGGUUCACUUGCAUAUCCAACAAUACCAUUUAGUCAAAGUGGUAAUCCAGUUAUGUCAACUGUUGCUUUUCUUGCAUCCGUUGUUGAUCCACGUGUUGCUAGUGCUGCAGCUAAAGCUGCUCUAGAGGAAUUUUCUAAAAUGCAUGACGAUGCAGCACCAACAGUAACAACUGAAGCAAAUAAAGAAAUUGAUGAAGAUUCAACUUCGAAACCAACCGAAUUAAAUAGUAAUAAUAAUGAAGAACCAUCACAAAUAAAACAAGAACAAAUCGAUAUUAUUGAUGAAAAAGAUACUAAUGAAGAUCAAUCAAAACCAAUUGCACAUCAUGAAAAUGAAGAAAUGCAAACAAAUAAUGAUGAAUCACUAGUAUCAUCGGCGUCAUUAUCUACUGCUCCAAAACCGACGACGCAACAAGAUCAACAAGAUCCAAGAAAAUUGUUAGCAGCAGAAAUCAAUGACCGAGAUAUUCAAGCAGCAGCAGCAAGUGCAUUAGCAGCUGCUUCUGUUAAGGCCAAAUAUUUAGCUUCAAUUGAAGAACGUAAAAUAAAAACAUUAGUUGCUCAAGUAGUUGAAAUGCAAAUAAAAAAACUUGAAAUAAAAUUAAAACACUUCGAAGAACUUGAAUCUAUUAUGGAUCGUGAACGUGAAAUGAUUGAACUUCAACGACAGCAAUUAUUACAAGAAAGACAACAAUAUCAAUUUGAACAAAUAAAAACAUCUGAAGUUAAACAUCGACCACUACUUAAUGAAAAACCAUCAUCAUCGUCGUCGUCGCCACCACCACCACCACCACCACAAGUGUCAUCAUCUUCACAUAUUGUUAAUGGAAAUGAUACACAUUUACAAAGUGAAGAAUCAAUGGAUUCACAACAAAGUGAUGCUUCACCUGCUCAAAUUUUAUUAAGAAACGAAGGCAGUACAUUAGAAACAUCAACAGCAUCAUCUCUUCCUAAUGAAAAAAUGCUUAUUGGAAACGCCGGUAUUUUUUCGGAUAAUAAUAGUGAAGUAUUUGAUGAACAAGAUGAAUGUUCAAUGUCACCAUCAUCUUCAUCAUCGCCGUCAUUUUUCUAUUCAAGAAAUCAACCUUCAGCUUAUCGAACCAUAGGAAAUUCUUUGAAGAAUUUCAGACAAUAUCGAUUAAAUGAUACAGCUAGUGGUACUGCUGGGAAUUCAUCUGCUCGACGUAGGCAUCACUCAGAUGAAGACAAACGUCCCUAUCAAUGUUCAAUAUGUUCCAAGAGAUUUAAACAUAAACAUCAUCUGAAAGAACAUGAACGAUUGCAUUCAGGUGAAAAGCCUUAUACAUGUGAUAAAUGUGGAAAACGAUUUAGUCAUUCGGGUUCAUACUCUCAACAUAUAAAUCAACGUAAUAAAUAUUGUCGACCUGGUGAACCUAAUGUAGAUUUUGAUUAA